AUGCACUGGGCAAAAGCUGAUAACCAGAAAGUUGCAAUGGUCUUACUGGACUUUGAAAAAGCAUAUGACAGAAUAGAAUGGCCAUUUGUUAGGGGAAUGCUUCAAGCAUUUGGUUUUCCCUCAUAUUUUUGUAAAUGGAUAGAUAUUAUUUUUAAGGACUCAUCCACAGUUGUUGAGAUUAAUGGUGAUAUGUCUGAAGCCAUCCCAUUAAGGAGAUCUAUAAGGCAGGGGUGCCCUAUUGCCCCAGCCCUAUUUGUCAUUAUUGCAGAUGCUCUCUAUUACAUUCUAAGGGCCCUGAAACUUGGACCCUCUAUCAAAGGGCUUACUCUUCCUAAUGAUGAUAAUCUGAUUAAUGCUCAAUUUGCUAAUGAUAUUGCCUUAUUCCUAGCCCUAUUUGAGGAUAAUUUUGACAACGCCAUGGAAAGACUUCAGUUCUUUUGCUUGGCUUCUGGAGCGAAGAUAGCCCCUCACAAAUCCACUAUCUUUGGAUGGUCUGAAAAUCCCCCAAAUUGGAUCAUAGGUAAAGGGUGGCAAUGGGCAGGAUCGAACCAUAUUGUAAGACCUAAAUGUAUGGGGGGUCUGGGUAUCAAGGAUAUUAGGGCUCAUGGCAUUGCCCUAGCCUCCAAAUGGAUUGUAAAAUCCCUAUAUGGAAAUGAACCUUGGAAGGUGCUAAUAAGAAAUAAUAUUAAAAGGUCAGUUGUUAAGAAAGGAAAAACAUGGACGAAUAUCCCUUUAUGUGAUAUUGUACUUGGGGACUAUAACAUGAAAGUGUUUGGAUCUAGUGUUUUUGCAUCACUUUGGAAGGCAUGGUCACAGGUUUCUGAUGUCAUGGAGAUAUCUAAAGACAAAUUUAUGACUUUGAUUCAUGAGGGUGUCCUACAGAUCUAUAAGGAGGAUAUCCAGUCUGUUCGCUACUUCAGAAAGCAUAUGGAUAUGUUGCAGCCUAAGGAGAUCGAGGCCUUGACCCAAUACAUGAGAAAGCUCAAGCUUGAAGAUUUAGAUGGAUAA